GGAUGGAUCUUGGGCUAAGGUUUGCAUCCAUAUCCAGCCCACAAGUUUUUAGCCUAUUUCCUAAAAACCAUCCCCGUCAGUUGCUUAAAGCCCGGCCCAAGUCCGUACUUCUUUUUCAUCACACAUCGAAUACCACGUGGUCCCCUAAAACACCAGCCUCAUCCUUUUUCUCCCCCGUCGGCAGCCUUGUGUUCCAUCAGCAACCACACGCCGCCCGCCGCCCGCCGCCGCCGACGCCGCUGCCAGACCUCCGGCGGUAAACCCAAGCUUAGAAGUGGAAGAUUACACGACGUGAUAUGAUUUUCAUCUGAUUUCGACUCGAUUCAAAACAUGGCCACGCCCCUCAUACUUCCUCUGUGCCCCAAACCCCUCCCUAAAUCCGUCCUCCAGCUACUCCAUCCAUCUCCGUCGAACUCCCACAUCCGCUUCAGCCGCGGGAUAAGAUGCCGAGCCACCGGCCAGGCGCCGCAGUCCACCGCGGUCUAUCAGGGCGUGUACGGCCCGUGGAAAAUCGAAUCGGCCGACGUCCAGGAGGUGAUUCUCUACAGAUUCGGCCUCGUCACCGCCGCGUCCUGCUUCGUGGCCGUGUCGUCCACGGCGUUCCUCGAUUGGGAGGCGCUCGAUUUAAUCAGGAGAAAUUCGGAUCUGAUCUCCGGCUUCGGGGCAUGUGGUCUAGGGUUGUCUCUGUAUUUGAUUCACAUUUAUGUUACGGAGAUCAAGAGAACUCUUCAGGCGCUGUGGUUGAUUGGUGCAGUCGGGUCUCUCGGAGCGUACGCUGCUCUGGCCCGACCUGCCGGAAAGUAUUUGGUGGAUUACGUUGUGGAGAAUCCGUCAGCCGUUUGGUUCGUGGGCCCGUUGUUUGCUGCUCUCACGGGCCUCGUGUUCAAAGAAGGGCUUUGCUAUGGAAAGCUGGAAGCUGGUGUGCUGACAUUUAUAAUACCAUCUGUUCUGCUCGGCCACUUGACUGGGCUGAUGGAUGAGAGUACUAAACUCACUUUGUUGGGUGUGUGGAUGGCACUCUUUGUUGUUUUCGCGGGAAGAAAAUUUAGUCAGCCUAUUAAGGACGAUAUAGGCGACAAAUCUGUUUUUAUCUUCAAUGCCAUGUCUGAGGAGGAGAAAGCUGCGUUACUUGAAAAACUUGAGCAGAAUUAUUCUCAGAAUCUGGAUUAGGUAAGGUGGGAAAGAAAAGAAAACAAAAGCCAUAGAUUGCCAUUUUCGGUAAAUAGAAAGUGCAGCAUGUUUGUUGUAUUUGUAACUACACAUAGCCUAUAAUCACAAUAUCAAUCUUGAAUCUUGAGUCUACAUGGAUAAGUAAAACUGUUUAAGCGAAAUGAUGCAUGGCUGCUUUUCAAUUAUUGCAUUAUUUGCAUCCUGCGUAUGUUAUACUUUUCAAAGAACUAUAUAAUUCGACUAUUUUCGUAUUGGUUCUUGGGGAGAUGAAAUCCAUGACAUACGGUGCCAAGCAAUCAUGUCUCAAUACAAUCUUGCCAAUAUUAUGUGUUUGUCAGCAAUCAAUCACGAGCAGCAGUUUUUCGGACAAUUGUCAGAUAAAUUACAUUAGAGAAUUAGUUAUGAACAUGUUAGUUUUGGAUAAUCAUUGUAUCUGAUCAUAUUAAUUAGUGAUUUUUUACAUAGUAUAUAUGAAUUUGGUAUGGAACUGCCUAAGCCUUGCAUUGCCCCUGCCCCUUGCUUAGCGAGCACCUAUCUAGUUCAGAACGUUGGUAUAUAUUUCAAUUAUUUAUCAAUUAUAUCUAUAAUUGUAUGUAUAUUGACUUGACCAUUAGAGCUAACCAUGGUUCCCGUAACAUGUGUUUGUGUGUGGGUGGGUGUGAAAUCAC